AUGGCCAUGUUUCGUGAUAAGAAGCCAUUUACGGCUGUGACGGUCCAGAUCGACCGUCUCACAAGCGAGCAGUACGAAGAGGACGAUGUCGGUGGCAUUAUCGAUCUGGUCGAAGUCAUACGUAUACAGUCAUCCGGACCGACCGAAGCUGCGAGAGCGCUGAGGAAGAAGCUCAAGUACGGCAGUCCACACAGGCAAAUCAGAGCUCUAGUUAUCCUGGAUGGACUCAUACAGAACGCCGGUUCCCGCUUCCAACGGGCUUUUGCGGAUGAGGCCCUAUUGGAGCGACUACGUCUCAUGCCACGGGAAGACACUGUGGACCCACUCGUCCGCAAGAAAUGCCAAGCCUUUUACAUACAGUGGGCAAACGCCUACAAAGGGACUCCUGGACUUGAGAACAUCGCCAGUCUAUACAAAGAGCUCCCAAAGACGCAGCGUCCGGUAGCCGCUAGGCAGAAGGUGCUCCGCGAUACUGAACCUCAUGACUCGGAUGGAGAGUCGCCGUUCGAUGCUCUUGAGCCAUCAGCUGCAUCUGUACGACGUAGUCAUGCCUCCGCUGCUCCUCGGCCGCUUGUAGCAAGCGCUGUCAAUGCCCCUUCUCGACCUGUCACACUCACACCUACGCACUCCAGUUUCAGCGCCAAGCUAACCAAGGGCAAAAACAAGUUCAGCCAUGGAGGGCAGAACAAGAGCUUCAACCUGGCGCGGGAAAAGGAGAACAUGACCAACUGCAUUGCACGUUCCUCGAUCGCAUCCACAAACCUACUCAACGGCUUGCAACUGGUCAAUCGUGAGAACGAGCGAGUCUCCGAGAACAAAGAAGUCGUCAACCGCUUCGAAACUUGCAAGACCCUUCGUCGUCAGAUCUUGCUGUAUAUCCAGCAGGUAGAGUCUGACGAGUGGAUCGGAAGUCUAGUCAACGCCAACGAUGAGCUCGUCAAAGCUUUGACCGCAUACGAGAUCAUGGAUCGGAGCAUUGACGAAGAUAGCGACAGUGAAGUGGAAGCUGCGGUGGCGAAGCACACCAGGAACGUCUCGGCAGAUACGCAACAGCAGCUGGCAGGGCUGAGACUCGAUGAUGGAGCGGCUGCACCAGUCAAGCCUCCGCGGCCUACAGCUGCUCCUGCUGCACCUCCCGCGAAUAUAGCUAUGCCACCGAAGCCUAGUUUUGCACAACCUGUCGCAGCAGAUGAGGAGGAGGACGACGAUCCGUUCGGAGAUGAUAAUGCGGCACCAACGCCUGCUCAGGAGAGACCUGGAAUGACUUGGAGAGAAGUGUAG